UCACGGACGUCAGCCACCUAGCUUCAGUUGGCUGAGAGCGCUUGUAGGGUGUGGUUGUGUCGCCGUUCAUGUAGGUUUUCCGGUUUGUUAGGAUUACGAACUUAGGGGGUAGCAACUAACUGCCAGGCGCCAGCUUAGGCCUAUAGGCUAUACCACUGAAUUUCAGGAUUUGAAAAUGGUUUCUAGUCUAGUGUAUGCCAAAUAAUUGAUAUUUUCGUACUCACUUAAAAUGGAUAAAUAUAUUAAUAUUACUAAGGCCGAGAACGAUCCUUGUGCGUCCAGGGAUAAUGAUGAUGCAGAAUUGCAACUGUCAGAGGAGGAGAAGCCAUCACUAUCAGUGACUGUGUCUAUGCCAGUCGGCUCACCUACUAAGGCUAGUACAAGUACUUGUACUUUGCGUUCACCAUUGCCAUCGACAUCAUCUGUUCAGGAGUCAGAUACAUCUAAUCCUUGGCCCUUUCUUGAAAAAUAUUACAAAUUCACUGGUGUUAAGGGAAAUAAUGUUGAGUAUAAAUGUUUAAUUUGUGCUCCAAAGAUAAAAGUUAUAUCUGCAAAUAGAAGAUCAAUGCACAAUCUGAAACUUCACAUGACCCGUGUGCAUCCAAAUUUAGCCAAAAACUUAAACAACCUCAUUGAAACUGCUACAAAAGAGCGCAAGAGAAGUCGUAGUGGUACGGACAAAGAAAAUGACACUCAACCUUGUACAAAACAGCAGAAGAUUGAACAUUCCAUGGCUUUCGCCAGUCGAGCAGUCUGUCAAUCUAACGUUGACCAAAAAAUAAUCACCUUUUUUGUGGAUAAUAUGCUACCUCUGGAGGUGGUGGAUUCUGCAACGUUUGGCAGCCUUAUAAAAACUCUCCAACCUGCUAUUAACGUCAUGAGUAGACGUUCUCUUACACGUAAAAUUGAAGAAAGGUUUCGCCAAGCCACUGAAGAUUUAAAGGCUCUACUUGCCAAUGUUCAGUCAGUUGCCACGACAGCAGAUGUUUGGUCUUGCCGAAACAGAUCAUAUCUUGGUAUGACUGUGCAUUGGAUUGAUCCAACGACUAUGAAGAGGAAAAGGUCAGUUCUGGCAUGUCGGCGUCUUCUAGGACGCCAUACAUAUAACAUUUUGGCAAAGAUGAUGGAAACCGUCCACAUGGAAUUCCGAAUUGAAAAUAAGGUUAAGAGAACGACAACAGAUAAUGGAAGCAAUUUUGUCAAGGCGUUCAGGCUCUUUGGUGAUGAAGUCAUAGAUAACUCUCAUAAUGAAGCGAAUGAAGGUGAUGAGAAUGAGGACAUUACUGAAAUUGUAGACAUCGCUGACAUACUAGAAGCUGAGUCUGGAGAGCAGAGUGGCAAUGAGAUGUACGUGCUGCCCCAGCACCAAAGAUGUGCCGCUCACAACCUCAAUUUGGUAGCCACCAGUGAUGCUGAAAAGGCCAUGACAUCAAGUAGUUCCUAUAAGAAGAUCUACAGGAGUGCAUUUGCCAAAGCUCGGGAACUUUGGAAUAAACAGUGCAGAAGCACCCAGGCCGCAGAUGUUAUAAAAAUGGAAUUGGGCAAGAUGCUGGUGGUCCCCACUGCAACACGGUGGAACUCUGUUUACGACUCUGUUACAUGCCUGGUGACAGUCUACGAUAAGAAAACUACUGAACUAAAUAGAGUUUGCAACAUUCUCAAGAUACCCCUGUUUACAUUAUGUGACAUGAGUUUGUUAAAGGAAUAUAUUCUGGUUCUGAAGCCUGUUGCAGUGAGCCUCGACAUCCUUCAAGGCGAAGAAAAAGCCUUCAUGGGGCUUCUCGUCCCUGUUAUUAAUGUAUGUGUCCAGAAGUUGAAGGCGACUAAGGAUAAAACUUUGCGCCACUGCGCACCUCUUGUGGAUGCUUUAUUAAUGGGCAUUCAAACCAGGUUUUCCAACCAACUGGAAGACCUUGAUUGCAUCAUCGCUUCAGCUUUUCACCCCCAAUUCAAAUUAACCUGGUGUAAAGACGAAUCUAAACUGAAAGAGGUCAGACAGAAAAUGAUCUCUCUGGUUGAUGGGAAGCUUUCUAACACGAAUACACAAGCUACCAGCAGCAGCAGCGAUGACGAGGAGAAUGCUGAUUCAUUCUUUAAUGAACUCCAGAAACCACGAGGUCACACUCACGUCAAUGAAGGAGAUCGACUAGUGAAGAAUUACUUGGAAAGUCCGCUAAGCACCGCUUUACCUGCUCCUGAAUCAUUUCCUUGUAACCCGUUUCUUGAGAUUUUUGUUGAGUACAACACUCCAAUCCCUUCUAGUGCUGCGGUGGAGAGGAUGUUUUCCUUGGGAAAGGAUAUCCUAAAACCGAAGCGUUCAAGCUUGUCCGAUAUUCAUUUUGAAAUGCUAGUAUUUUUAAAGGAUAAAAUUUCCGUGUGAAUAAAGGUUAAAGGAAUUUCCGUGUAAUAAAAUUGAAAUGCUUGAGACUGUUCAAAUGGCGAUGAAUUUUUUGCUCAUUUAAUUGCGGGUUAUCAGUUAUCACGUAUACGGUAUACCGUAUACGACUGAGUUUGGCUUGGUAAAAGAUCAUAUAUGAUAUAUCUGUGCUAUAAUGAACAGACUGUGCAUCAUUAUUCACUUUUUAGUCAAGAUUGCCCAUUAAUUUAUCUCAGUGAUGUGGUAUCAACGUGAGCAUGUCGGCAGCUAUUGUUCUCAACAUGAACUUGUGUCUUUAAUGAUUUUAUAGCUCUGACGCUUAUUUGAGUUAUUUCAUUGGUAAUAUGUAACCUGUUUCAGGCCGUUUGUGUUCGUUAACUUAGUAAGUUUAGCAUGUGAAUAGAAUCCUCUGUAACUGGCAGCUUAUAUCAAGUUUAAUAUAUGGAUAGAAGUGACCAAGUAGCGAGUAUUGCAAAUAAAACUGACCUAACUUAGCUAAAACUGAUAUUAAUUAAUUUGAUAAAUGAUAAUGAACAGUUUGGUUGUUCAUUUUGAAAUGCUGGUAUUUUGAAAGGAUAAAAUUUCCGUGUAAAUAAAGGUUAAAGGAAUUUCCGUGUAAUAAAGGAUAAAUAAAGGAUAAAGGAAUUUGCGUAAAAUUUCCGAUUUUCCGAGUUGUUUGCUUGCGAGUAAAUGUUAGUUAUUUUACUUAUUUACUUAUUUUUAUAUAUCAAUUUGCUUACGAAUU